GUCAAGAAUCACGUACUGCUAAUUAUCAAGGUUCAUAUCAUUUUGCACAUUGCCUGCUACUGCUUAGUCUUUGUAUGCACAUGGUUUUCUCCUUAUCAUCUGCUCGAACAAUGCAGAAGUCGGAAACUUCGCUUGGCAUACCCGGAGAUGGAAGAUGUUUAUUCCGGUCUGUCGUUCAUGGUGCUCUCCUGAGAGCAGGGAAGUCAUCUCCAAGUGAGGGCCAUCAGAAAGAACUUGCAGAUGAGCUCAGAGCUAAAGUGGUAGAUGAAUUCGUUAAGAGGCGAGCAGAAACUGAAUGGUUUCUUGAAGGUGAUUUUGACACGUAUGUUGUACAGAUGCGACAGCCCCACAUUUGGGGAGGAGAGCCUGAGUUGCUGAUGGCAUCCCAUGUUCUACAGAUGCCAAUCACUGUUUACAUGAAGGACAAGAAUUCUGGUAGCCUCAAAAUUAUAGCUGAAUAUGGUCAAGAAUAUGGUAAGGAUAACCCCGUCCGUGUCCUUUAUCAUGGUUAUGGACACUACGACGCGUUGCGGAGCCCAAGUGUUGGUGCAGAAUCCAAACUGUACAAGAAAAGAUCGAUGAAGGGAUAGUUGCAGUAGACUAGAGUCAGCUUUCAGCUUUGGAAUCUUGAAGUGUACCCAUGUCCAGCCUGCGCCAUGCUAGAAAUGAAUCCCUUUUUUAUUUGGUGUUGGAAAUUACAUUAUUUCUUCAUGAAUUUGAAACCACCUCCUAAGAAAUUCUAACCUUCGUUCUGAAAUUAAAUUACAAUUUGCCGUUUCCUGGUGAGGAUUAUGGAUUUGCCACUGCCAA